AUGACAGAAUCUUUAACUGAGAAAUUAUACCGUUCCUCUAAAAUACCUUCUUGUUUAAAUAGUAGAAUCAGGCAACAUUACAUAACUAUUUUAAAGGAUCUUUUAACGGUUGAAUAUACCGGCAAAAGCAGAUACUGUGAUUCCGGGUCUGUUCAAUCGGAUACUUGUGCUCCUACAAAUUGUCCUCUGUAUUAUUACGAAGUUGAGAUUUUGAAAUGUGAUAGCCAACCUAAAAUCGUUGUUGGAUUCUCAUACAGUAAUUAUCACCUGAAUCGACAUCCAGGAUCCGAACCUAAUUCAGUGGGAUAUAAAUCUGAGGAUGGUUAUUGCAUGAAUGGCACAUCAAAGUCUGAGAAUUAUGGGCCUUCUUAUGGUAAAGGCGAUGUUAUUGGGUGUGGAAUUAACUAUUUGAACCAGAAUUACUUCUUUACCAAAAACGGAUCAUUCUUAGGAAAUGCCGUAAACUUGUUUCAUAUAGAUAAUUAUCCUACUGUUGGGCUGAACUCUUUUGGAGAAUCUGUAAAGUUUAAUUUUCAAGGACCGUUUAAAUUCAAUAUUGAAGAUUACUAUAAAAAAAUAAUAUUAACUGAGAGAGAAGAAAUCAAUUCUAACACGGUUUCCAGAGAUGAUUUGAACGGAAUAGUACACUUUUAUUUGCUUCAUCGAGGAUAUUCAAAAACACUUAGAGCAUUCAAAAAUGAAACCAACGCAGAUGGAAUGAAUUUGGAUUUAACGAAUGAUGACAAAGGAGAAAAUAAGUUUAUAAAUCAACUUUAUAUAUCAAAUGAAGUGGUAAAUAAAAUGGAAUCAACAUUGGAAAAAAGAUCAAUGUUAAUUGACGGCAUUUUGAAGGGUGAGAUUGAGGGAGCACUUGAGACUUUUUCAAGAGAUUUCCACCAAAUUAACAAAUCUUCAAUGGCGUACAUUAUGCUAGUCACACAGAACUUUAUCGAAAUGCUCAAGAACGGUAGAGACACGAAAGAAUGUCUCUCAUGGCUCCAAGAAAACAUAAAAACACUAGCACAAAAUGAUGAUUUCGAACAACUUUUCAAAAAUGAACAUUUCAAACACGUUUUCCAAGAAGCGUGUGGAUUAUUGGCGUACCAAGACUUUGAAAACAGCCCUUUGAAGGAAAAUUUAAGUAAAAAUAGAAGAUUGGAAACAGCAAUCGUAGUAAACGACACAAUACUAAGUAAGUUUAAACCAUUAACAGAAAAUUCUAGAUGA